AUGACCUUCAAAUAUGCGAAACUAUCCAGCUUUCCGGCCCCUGUCAAAGUUGCAAGUGACCUUGGUAAUGCCUUGCGCAGUCUUUUGCGUCCGAACUCACCCUCUGGCUCCGAACUGCCCAACGUGGACCAUCUGCGGAUUCCCAAGAACGUCGUCGAGACUCGGGUCACCCCACGGCAAUGCAUCGCCCACCUCCACCUGUUGGAAGAGUUUGUAUCGGCAAAGACAAAAGUAACAAGGUGGGCUGACCAUAAUAUGAUUCACCGCGAGUCAGCCUGGAGGUUUUAUGUCAACAUGGCGGUUGAGCGGAUGGCGAAGUGGUUCGAAGCCUCCUAUGAGCUUAACUUGAAGAAUGUGACUCCCCCACUGGAUGUGUUGAUGGUUUGGCACGCCUUUUUACAGAGUCCAAAGGAGUGGGAUCGAUUUUCAAACCUUGCAAGAAUAGAUCAUCAUAGUUGGAACUGGGAUUCUUUGCUCAGUGCACUACGGACGACCGACACUUGCAACUUUGAGAUCCCAAGGGACUCAAUUGAUAUCGUCCGACAAAUCUAUCCCGCACCUGAUCUAUUGGAGCUUAUGGACCUCUCUACAUCGUUUUUUCAGUCGCCAAAUCCGGACGACACAACCGAGCAUCUUACCCAUCUCUAUUUACACAGAAAGAAAGUCCAUUCUUUCAAGACGCCCAAUCGGCAUUUAAAUAUCCGCUUCGAUUUCCACGAGGCGGUGGGUGCUCAACUAGGCUUCGCAAAUCGGCUGCUCCAAUACUCCUGGCAUCGGAUGUACUCGGUCGAAACUGCCAACGAGCCACAGUUCGGCGCCGCUAUCGAGCGAUACAAGAAGUUCAUGAGCCUGAUCAAGUUUUCGUCCGGCAGUCACUCCAAGGAGCCACUAGCACGCGCGGUACCGAAUCUCGUCCCCGCUCUGGAUAUUGACCUCGUCUGGAGAACCCAUAUGCUAUCGCCCGGGGAAUAUCGUGGAUUCUCCAACCACAACCAUGGCAGGCUCCUAGAACACAGACCAAGCCCUCAUAACGCCGUGUCCAGACUCAAGACUGCUGGUGUUUAUCAGCAUGUAUUUGGGGAGGAGUAUGAUUUGUGCUUGUGCUGGCCCUGCGUUGAUGGUCGAGAGACUCGAGGCUUCUCUCCGGUAAACUGGUCUCCGAGGCCGACUUUUGACGAAGAGCGGGCCGCGGAACUUAGCCGCCGACUUUCUUUCAUCAUUGAAAUCCCCUUGACCUUUAGCAUCAAGCAGUGCAAGAAGUGCGGAUUUCAUAGUCGUCGAGGCUGCAAGCCCGGGGAC